AUGGAGGAGAGUGCUCCCCCCGAGAGAAAGUGCAGCUUCAGAAGCUAUGCGGUGGGAGCCGCUGCCAGCUUCCUUUCCACGCUGGCCACCUUCCCCAUCUACAAGACCGUCUUCCGGCAGCAGCUCCACGCCUGCUCCAUCACAGAGGCUGUUUGCCAGCUAAGCAAGGAGGGGCUGCCCCGCUUCUACCGGGGUGUCUUCCCACCUCUCCUGGCCAAGACUCUGCAAGGCACAGUGCUCUUCGGCACCCACGACAGCUUCCUCCGCAUCCUCUCCAGCCAGUCCACCGGGCCCUUCUCGCUGGGAGAGCGAGCCAGAGCAGGGCUCCUGUCAGGCUUCCUGGAAGCAUUGGUCUUCGGGCCCCUUGAGCGCGUGCAGAAUGUGCUCCAGGAUGGCCAGAAGAACAAGCGGUUCCCCACCACUGGCAGCAUCCUGAAGGAGUUCAGCUCCUAUGCUGGGAGGGAGAAGCUGACACUGGGCUACUGCCGUGGCCUUGGCCUUAUCGCCAUCCGCAACUGCCUGGGCAGCUGCCUGUACUUCUCCUUCAAGGACCCGCUCCGCGACAGCCUGUUGGAGAAGGGCGUGCCCAGCAGACUCCCCGCACUCGUGUCUGGCAGCCUCAACGGCGCACUCGUCUCCCUUCUACUCUCCCCACUCAGUGUCCUCAUUGUCAAUGUGCAGUCCCAGGUGGGCAAGCGGGAGACCCUCCACCUCCAGGCAGCUGUGGCCGCCGUCUGGAGGACGCGGAGCCGGAAAGCCAUCCUGCUCUACAGAGGGGCCUCCCUCCUGGUUCUUCGGUCAGGGCUCACGUGGGGUCUCACCACAGCCCUGCAUGACUUCCUGCUGGAGGUCGUGGGCUAG